AUUUGUUCAUCCAGCUGGUCUCCCCCGAGAAUAUACGAUUAGCUUUGUGAUCCGACUUCUGCAGGAGACACCCAAAGAGGCAUUUUCAGUCUGGCAAAUUACUGACGAGGAUUUCCAGCCUCAAGUUGGCGUUGUGCUUGACCCUGUUAAGCGCUCCCUGAAGUAUUUCAGCCUGGAUUUUAGGGGUAAUCUGCAGGAAGUUUUGUUCAACCAUUCAGAAGUGAAGAAGCUCUUCUACGGCAGUUACCACAAGGUACAUUUGGUUGUAAGUCAGAGCAGGGUUGAGCUACAUGUGGAUUGUCAGCAGGUCUCCCAGAAACCAGUGGUCCCAGCUGGACACAUUCCCAUAACAGGUUUUGAGGUGCUUGGAAAGAUGGUGAGGACACGGGGACCAAGGAGUGGAUCAGCACCAUUUCAGAUCCAGGCUUUUGAGAUUGUGUGUAACACAUCAUGGGCUUCAGAGGAUUUGUGCUGCGAAAUCCCGGCUCUGAGAGACGAGGAGAUCUGCCCUGCUCCUGAAUACUCCUGUACUUGCUCUACAUCUGUUAAGGGAGUCCCUGGACCUCCAGGACCCCAAGGUAAAGCAGGACCAAGAGGUCCCCGAGGUGAACGUGGAGAGCCAGGACCAAAGGGUGAACCAGGUCCUCCAGGAAUGACAGGUCAGGAUGGAUCUGAGGGUCCUUUGGGUUCUCAUGGACCAAGAGGAAUUGCGGUCCGAGGUCCAGUGGGUCCUCCUGGAGAGCGUGGUGAAAAAGGAGAAACUGGAAAACCUGGAUCACAGGGUCCUCCUGGUCCACAAGGUCCUAAGGGAAAGAGUGGCAUGCCAGGACCAAAGGGAAUCCGUGGCUUAGAAGGAACUCCAGGUGCACCUGGGCCUACGGACUACCG